CUUGAUCUAAAAGCAUAACCCAAUCAGUGCGAAGAAAACUUCCAACAGUUGCAAAAUAAACGUUCUGCUGAACGCAGCCAUUGGUUGCAUUAUAUUUUUAAAUUUGAUGUAAUAGUUCUAUCCCAGCGAAUUAAAGAACUUCCAACAGUUGCAAAAUAAACAUUCUGUUGAACGCGAAAGGUCGUAAUACGCUUGAAUGCGUGAUUAGAAAGAUACUAAGGAACAAAACAAAGAAACAAAGCGUUCGCGAAGAGGCGACUAGAGAUAAUCAGAGUGAAUUGAAGCAAUCUUGUGAGGCAAUAUGUGCGUCCAUUGCAUCUCGGAUCUACGUAAUUGGCCGAUUUUUAGUUCACUGGAGCCGGAUUUUAUUUCGCAGAUCCAUAUGGUUUGGGUAUACGGUGAAAUGGGUAGAGAGACCUUGAUGGUGAUGAAGAAUAAAAUAGUGUAUGCCAUGGGUAACAAUGUCGAUGGUUGUUUGGGAAUAGGGAACUUCGAUUCCACAUUGUAUCCAAGGAAGGUGGAGGCUCUUUGCAAGAAGAAUAUUAAGACAUUUGCUUAUGGCAACGGUCACGUUCUCGCACUUACGAAGGAAGGAGAAGUAUAUUCGUGGGGUUCCAACUCUUACGGCGAACUGGGACUCGGAAUGUGUGAUUCAGUCAUUCUCACGCCUACUUUAGUGUCCUACUUUAGUGUCAUUCUGAAAAAUUCCCUUAUCGAGAACAUCGUGGACAUUGCGUGUGGGUGUCAUCAUUCUGUUGUUUUGACCAAGUUUGGCGAUGUAUAUGUUUGGGGACAAAAUAAAUUCGGACAAGUGGGUAACGAUAAAAACAUUAAUCAAAACGUACCUAGGCUAGUGGAUUCCUUGGCUAAGAAGAAGGUUAUCUGCAUCUCUUGCGGUGAUACCUUUACCGUGGCAGUCGUCAAAAAUGGCGAGGUGUUUGCUUGGGGCAAUAAUUGUAUUGGCCAGCUGGGUGUAGGUGAUGACGAAGAUCGAAUGACGCCUUGCCAGCUUGAAUCAUUGAAAGGCACUGUAAUAGUCAAAGUGGCUUGCGGAUUAGAGCAUACGCUGGCGCUUACGGAUGAAGGAAAUCUUUAUUCCUGGGGUGGAAAUGAUUUUGGCCAAUUGGGCUUUAGUGAGAAAGAGAUCUAUGAACCAGUCAUGGUCGAGCAUGUAAUGGGAAAGGUAUUCGAUAUUGCGGCUGUGCAACACAUAAGCCUCGCCAUCGGCGAGGGAAGAUAUGUCUACAUAUGGGGUAACUGCCGCGGUCAGAACAUCUCAGUUCCAACUGUCACUACGUUUUCGAACAUAUAUGACGCUCUUGCGUUGCACGAACCCCUAAUUCUUUAUAAUGCCGAAGAACCAAGUGUAUUAGAGUGCCUGGAAAAUUCAUUCGAUGACGAAACUACAAGUGAUCUCAUAAUACAAGUGAAAGAUCAAAAUAUUUUUGUGCAUAAAGCUAUUUUGAAGAUCCGCUGUUCAUAUUUUAGAAACAUGUUUCAACAUGAUUGGACGGAAAACAAUCAAAGUGUUAUCAAGCUUGAUCAAUUUUCCUACAUCGUCUACAAAGCCUUCCUGAAAUACUUAUACACUGGCAUGGUCAAUUUACCUGUGGAGAAGAUGAUAGAACUUUUUAAAUUGGCUGAUUCUUAUUGCGAGAGCAAUCUCAAGAAGCUCUGCAUUCGGAUAAUAAAGCAAGAAAUUAGCGUGUCGAAUGUUGCCUACUUGUACAGCGUUGCAGUUCAAUAUUCCGAGGAGGAGCUGGAACAAUUUUGCAUUAAGUUCGCUGUUAAUCACAUGACGACUGUGACGCAGACGGAAAGUUUUGCAAAUUUGGAUGAAAAUAUAUUAAGAACUUUUAUAAUUAAGACAGGCGAGGCUGGUGUAUUUAAAAUGUAAUAAGUCUAUCUACCUUAAAAACAAUGCGCCAUGAUAAGAAUUAACGAAAAUUGCUGAAUAUGUCAGUUGCUACAUGAAUACUCACAAUAUAUAUAGAAUCGCGUAUUCUGAUGAAAUAUUCCAAACGUUUUGUUUCCUUAAUAACAGUCGUGUAAAUAAUAAAUGGACCUGAAGUAUCCAGAUGUAUCAAUUGUAUCGCGCGAUCUGAUAAAUAAUUCACGCGAGAGAUUCCUUAGUUUAUCUUGAAGAGUGUGAGAAAGAUCUUAUAAUCUUGCAAAACUACUUGAGAUUACUUAGAAUUCUCAUAAAAAAAAAAAGAAAAACGCCACUCAUUGAGACAAAUCGAUCUCAUAUCUGUGAUAGUGCCAUUAUUAGCGUAAGAUUAGAUCGAUUUAAGUAAAUGUUUUAAAAAUGCUCAAGCUGAUAAAUCGGAUACUCAGAAUAUUUCC